CCCCGGAGAGAGAAGCAGCAACGAGCCAUUUUUGGGGGAGAUGGCUUCCGAGUCUACUACAAAGCAGGAUAUUGAGAGUAACGGAAACAACAACAACGGUGAGUGUCUUGUGCAGGAUGUGGCAUGGUCUGCUGUCUCGCGGCGCGGCGUGCGUAAGCGCCUCCUCGCGUGCGCUUACGACGUGGUGGAAAAGGCGAGGUGUGAAUGAAUGAACCAGCUUGCAGUGCUGUAGAGUGACGACUGGUGUGGAUACAUAGUUGGCAUGACUACCCAGGGGCAGCUCGUGAGUAGCUACACGUCCAUGGACGGCGACAGGGACUUGGCGCGCUCUUCGGAGCCUCUAAUGCUGCGUCAAGACAAAAGAGGUAGAGGUGGGGAGGGGAAGGGAGAGGGUAGAACUGUGGCCGAUGUCAUUCACGGAGAGAAGAAGAUGAAGACGACGCGGGCACGCGUUAAACGAGGUAGACGCUGCUUGGUACGUUUUUGACAACUUGUCAUGUGACCAGGCCGAAGACAUGCUCCGUCGUCAUGGCGACGACGGCUCGUAUCUGGUGUCUCAUUUCCACGAUCCAGAGAGUUACGGUCUCUCCAUCAGAUUAUCAGAAGGGGGCGUGGAGGUUUACAAGCACUACUCCAUAUGUAUCAGAGAGGGGAAUUUUCAACUUGAGAACUCACAAGAUCCGUACAAGACGAUCGAGCAAGUCGUGUCGUGCGUUCAAGAGAAGAUGAAACCGGAGAAACUGGUCCCCAUAUUUCACAGAUACAACUGCGAGACGUGUGACUACUCGAUAACAAUGAGUACUGAUGAACCUCCCACUUACACCCAGGCAAAGAGCUAUCCAGAAGCGGCAAAGAAGGCCCUGCCACUGAUAGUACCGAUCAGACCGACACUGAGACGUAUGAUGGGAGGAGGGAGUGCCGAGGAGAGGUUUAGUGGAUUCGAGGACGAGGAGGCCACCACGGCACCUGAAGAGGAGCGUCCACAUGGUUGCUGUUGGAAGGUGUUCCACACUGACCCGGGGGGAGCGUGGUACAAACCCCACAAGGCCGGUCCCAUCACCGCCAUCUUCCUCAUCUUUGGCUGGAUACUGUUCCUCAUUCUCUGCGGCUGGAUCGUUGCCUUGGCGAUGAUCCUAGUGUUCAUCCUCAUCGGGUUUGCAUACGUUUUUAAUUUCAUUUGCACCGGACGAUGUCAGAUCGAGGAAGACGACAGUAAUUAAUUAGCAUUCUUUUAAAGUCAUUCUAAUAUGUAUAUAGAAAUUAAAUUUUUGAAAAAUGUCUCCUGCACUGAUUUUUAUCAACUUUAUAAUAGGUGUGGCUUCUGUUAAUAUUUUAUUACCUCCUUUUCCGACUAAUAUUUUUUUAUCAUUAUUCAAUUCUUGUUAUGAACUUAUUUUUCGAUUUGGAAAACGUUUGUUUGUUUUUUACCUUCCUAAAACCGUACAACACUUCGAAAACACAAAAAUAUUUCCAAGUUGGAAAAAACGUAAAAAUCGAGUAUUGCUACUUACCAAUACUAAGCAUGGAGGCUAAGCUAUCAGCCAAGUCAGCAAUAGCUGGAUGACCAGCUAGACUCCAUAUCUUACAGGUUAGGUCUGAUGAACACGAAGCGAGGUAGGCUCCGUCACCGGAGUAAGUUACCCCGUAUACUACCCCGGAGUGAGAGGACAGGGUUGCCGGGGUAACGGCCUGGAAUGAAGACACCUACGUUGAUGACAACAGGGAGUAACACAAUCUUAAAACAGUGCAUUUAAAUUGAAAGGUCUGGUGCUAAUUUUGAGACUGACUUUGACUUGCUGGAGGUCCCAGAGCUGUAGCUGGCAGAGGUCGUUGCCAGACGCCAGCUGUGAGCCGUUUGGGGAGAAACAAGACAGUUGGUCUCCUUGGAAACUCUCUGGGUGGCCUGCAGAAUUGCUGAGGGAGGGAGGAAGAGGAGUAGAGAGUGAGGUAAAAUGGGUCAAAACACUAUCGAAAGAGAAAAUUAAUCGCAUUCUUGCACUGGGCCCUAUUGUUUCGGUCUAUCUUUAGUAACAUUUCUAAAUUUAGCCCUUAUGUACUGACACAUUCCAAAAGUGUGUGGGUCAAAAAGCGAAAAGUAAAAACUUUUUGAAAUUUGUGUGUACACCUCGACUUCUUGCGUCCCACAAGGCCACCAUUCCCUUCCUGCCGCAACUAGCCAGGAUUCCCGGCUCCACUGGGCUGCAAGCCACGUCGUACACCGACUCCUCGUGACCAAUCAGAGUGACGGCCGGAGAGUUCGUCGACAUGUCCCAUACCUGUACCGUCCCGUCCCAUGACGCACUCGC